GCAAAUCCAGCCUCCCCCACCAGCUGGCCUCGGCCGAGAUUAUGAAAAAAAGUCGCUGGCAUCCACAGCUGUGAGACAGCUGCGGGUUUAUGUUCUCCCUUUCGAAUUGAAUUCAAAAAUCCUUGGACCGGGUGACCCGAGGGCCAAUGUAGCUCAAACUUGGUCAGGGCCUGGGAUGGACCCCAAUCACCCCAACCACCAACCAAAUGCAGCCUGGGCUUCCGUUUUCUUCAUUCAAAGUUUUCAUUUUUAUUUCCAUCAUAAACCUCGGAGUGACCAGCUGUUGCCACUCUUAUGAGGCGCCAUAGUCCAAACUGAACUGGUCACGCACUCCCAUUAUCGCCAGCAACAAACUCAGCCUUGGCCUUUGUUGUGGUCCAACUGAUAAGUGGACAGAGUGCGCUCUCGACCCGCUCAUCCCCCUGCUGACGCCCUGCCAUCACGCCCGAGUCUCUCUGGAUCGAGACCCACACGCCCCCGGAACGCUGGCCUGACCAGAGCAUCAUGACUGGGUAUUAGAAUCCCCCCCUCCCCCUUCACCCCUGGCUUGGAAAUCGGGCCUCUUGUCCGCUCUCUGUCCCACCUUGAACCCUGGAUACUCUGGAUCGUGGAUUCCUCGCCGAUUGUGCCACGCCCCAGAGGGAGUGCACCAUCAUGCCCCGAGGUCGAAAAAAGUCCUUGUCGGCUUGUACCUCGCAAAGGCUCUCGCGUGAAGGUUCGGAAGAGAGCUCCACGGCCGACGACGCACCCAAGGUCAAAGACUCUCGUCUCGAAAACGGCGAGGCCAGUGAAAGCGUGUCAGCCCACAGCAUGGAUUCUACGGCGGCGGACCCGCCUCCGUCCACCCGUUCACCGGCCAAAGGUCGAGGGCCAACCAUCAAGGAUUACUUUCAAGCCGCCCAGAAACCCCUGCGUCAACCCGAAUCUCCGCCCCCUAAGGCCGUCCUCUUAACGUCGAUCGACGACCGAGCCUUGAGCAAUCGCGCCGACGAUCAGGCUUCGGAUCGCUCGGAAGGCGACUCGGGUAAAGAGAACGACGAGGACCAUGAGCGCCAGACCAAUCCCAAUGCCCAUCAUUCCCACCGCCCCAAAGCGCCAUUGACGGGCAAACAUGUGGAGGAUAACACCCGAGUCAUGACGAGGAGUCAACUCCGGUCCAAGAAGGCACCCUUACUGAGCCUGGCCCAUGAGACAGUGCGCCUAAAUCCGACCUCGACCCCUCCCCCUUCCCCGUCUAAAAUGAUGGUAGGCACCACCCCUAAUCCAGCUAGCCCGCCCACACCUCACAAGAUUCAGCUCUUGGAAGGGAAAUCCGCCCCAAGCAAGACUAACUGCGUCAGUAGUGGGAGCACGAACUGUAGCAGUACCUAUACCUGCAGUAGUAAUAGCCCGACGAAGGCCAUGAUCUCGGCCAGUGCUCUCCAAAAGCUCCGGCUCACCCUCUCACCAAAGACAAAGAAAAACGAACCCAAUGAUGGCGUUGCUACCCAGCCAUCCUCGUCCUCUCACCAAGAACCAGAGUCCCAUUAUCAUCAUCAGCCAAGCAUGUUUUCCCCGCUCAAGGCCUCUGGAGACCAUUCGGACCGAACUUCGGCGUCCCAAACCUCUGGUACACAAACCGAGGCCAUGCCGAGCAUUGUGACCUCAACCAAGAACACAGCCCGUCCCACUGCCGCCAAUAAGAAGUCUAAGGCUGCGGCCCAUGCGGCCAACUCGAGUCAUAAAAUGACUGAGUACUUCCACAUCCGUCGGUCCAACCGCAAAUCCAAGACCACCCUUGAAAAGGAACAACUCCAGGAGAUCGAGCACCAUCUCUUAGCCGAUGAUGAUAAUGAGUGUGAUGUGGCGGUGGAGGUGUUCCCCGAAAAAGGGCGGGGUGUGGUGGCCUUGAAGCACUUCGAAAAGGGGGAGUUCGUGGUCGAGUACGCGGGCGAUUUGAUUGAUAUCGGAAGUGCCAAAGAGAGGGAGAGCAAGUACUCCCUGGACUUGAGCACCGGUUGUUACAUGUACUAUUUCAAGUACAAUAACCACAAUUAUUGUAUUGACGCCACGAGUGAAAGUGGCCGACUUGGCCGGUUGGUCAACCAUUCCCGCCUGACGCCCAACCUUCAAACCAAAGUUGUCAGCUUCAAAAACAUGCCCAGACUGAUCCUCGUGGCUCGGACAGAGAUUCCGUCUGGUACUGAGCUCCUCUACGAUUAUGGAGAUCGCUCCAAAGAGAGUCUGGAGGCUCACCCAUGGUUGGCUUACUAGAAAAGUAGAUCCGGCAGCCCAGGGUCAAGGGACUGAAUCAGCUCAUAUGAGGCGUGUUCAACUUUCUGCCAUGGCUGAACCCUGAUUGUGUGUUCAUUCAAUUUUGUCUCGCCCUCUCACUCACUCAUUCAUUCACUCACUCAUUCAAAUCCAUGACCUCGAAUCGAAAAGGCCUUGGAAGAGAAACCCGUACACCCCUCUUACCUGACUAUCUACCUGUUUGUCUGUCUGUAAAUUUGUCUCUGCUGAAGAAAGAUUUUGGCUCGGAGCCGGUUUGACUCGCAGAAGCUCCCAAAGAUUGAAAGAUAUAUAAUUGUGCCAUCUUAUCUCGAAUAUUUGUAGAUUGGGUCCGAGGCGAUUGAUCUAUAAUUCUGCUCUUCUAGUAUCGCCUCGAUUAUUGAAUGAACCAAUCGAUUCAUUCACACGGAGACCAAUGAUUGCCUUCGAACUCUCUUUUGAGUUAGUCACUAGGUCAUUGACAGUGGUAAUUAAUAGCGUCAAUUACAGAGAAGAGUACUCCGAGGGGAAAAAAUGAACUAUGAUCUUAAUCACAUUUUCGUAAGGAGCUUUUUCUACAAGAGAAUGGAUAGUCACGUGACGGAAGCACUUUUGCAGAUUUGCCGUAGUAUUUUGCACAAAAACUUUAACACAUAACUUAUUUUUCGAUCCCCUUGUGACACUUACUUACCAAUUCAUCUUGGCCCAAAAUUGGACAUUUGUACAGAAUUUAGUCCCCAGUUCCCCUUUCCAAUAUUUUUCUUCAAUCGAUUCAAUGCAAGGGUUCCCGCCAAUUUUCCACUCUCCUCUUCUCCGGAACCAGACACGCCCCCAUUCAAAAGAAGAUUGUAUCGCCAACUAAAUUGAUCAUUUGUCAGACCUAAAAGCUAAAGUGUCCCUGUUCAGAAAAAGGAUGUAAAGAAUCCUCCCAAACCUUGUUUUGUGAUCUCAUUUCUUGAAAAACUCGAACCCUUUUGUCUCUCUCCCUCUGAGCUUCAUAUCAUUGCGGAUCAACCACAACCAUCUAUCGGCACGAUUCGUCGUGCUCCUUCAAACCAUUUCCAAUUCCUUUUCCCAAGGACUCCGUGGAACAACCAAGUUCCCUUUGGUCAAAUCACUUAAGAAAAAGCCUUGAUUUUGCUUCGAAAUGUCAAUCAUCAUCAUUAUUAUGUCAUUCAACAAAGGCUCUCCAAAGUGGUCAUUAUCAUCAUAACUAUUAUCAAUAUCACCUGCUGUGACUUUUGAUAGACAGCCAGAUGUUUUUGAUGAAGCCAUGUAUAAUACUAACUAUUUAAGGAAUAAAAGACGACGCCAACCUUUUA